CCAAUCUUGUAGUCCAUUAACCAUCCAAAAAUCCAUCUAGCCAUACCCAAUCCAAAACGAUCCAAGUAUGCCUCAUUACUCGAUACAUUUGACCGAGAAGCAAGCCGAGAUGGCGAUCCCGUGUUGUGUGUCGAAAAUAGUGCUCAUGGCCCUCCUUAUGGCUGCAAUGGGAAUUCAUGCUGGGGAGGCCUCGAACGGGAAUAGUUCGAACCCAGUGGCAGUAGGAGCUUUCCUUGAUCCACAAAACACGGCUAGGGCGGAGGUGGGCGUGGCCCCCUUGGUUUGGGACCCCAGGCUCGCCGAGUUUGCCCGCAGCUAUGCUAGACAACGUCGAACAGAUUGCACUCUGAAGCACUCGGAGGGGCCACUUGGAGAAAACAUGUUUUGGGGGAGUGGCAGAAUGUGGAACAUCACUGAUAUUGUGGCUGCAUGGGUGACUCAAAAGCAAUAUUACGACCACAACCUCAAUGUUUGCAAUGGACCUGACUGCACCCACUACACUCAGAUCGUGUGGAGGAACACCGAAAGAGUCGGCUGUGCCAAGAUUAUAUGUGAUAGCGGAGACACCCUCGCUGUCUGCGAGUACUCUCCUCCGGGCAACUACAUCAACUCCAGGCCCUACUAA